AUGAAGAUUGACUUUUUCUCAGCUCUUUCUAGGCCCGAAUACGAGUGCCUAGAAUUUCACGAUGAAAUCAAACUCAGUAAUCAACAACGAAAUGAAGUAUUUCAAUGUGUACGCAAAUGUCUGUUCCUAUUGCUUGAGGGAAUAGGACAUCAGCAACAGAUCAUACCAGCUGACGAACGUCUACGACAUGACCUCGAUAAUUGGGUCCAAGAGCAUCUGACACAUCUGUUCCCAGAGAAGCUUCAAGCUCUGAGAGUUUUAGUUGACACUUCUGCGCAAGUCGGGGAAUAUCUCUAUGCUCAUUGCUCGCAUGAGACAAAGCUAGUUAUGGCCAUCACUACUCUCAUCCUGUUCGCAAGCGAUGAUGACACUCUCCUCAGUCCUGAAGAGCGCAACCGCUUAUCCUCCUUUUCCUGUAAUGACGGCUACAGUCCUCCGGAUGCUAGCCCUUGGACAGCGGUCCUUACUCACGGGCUACAAUUAGGUGCCGAAUACUUCGGGUCCCAAGACCCCCUGGUCGGGAGCCUUUCAGCAAAUGCUAUCCGCGGAUUCACGGAGGCAUGCACCAUGAAAUACCGCAUGGAGCAGGGGGACUUGCCCGUCCAUCUUACAACCCACGGAAAGCCAUAUCCAAGCUCCGAGUGGUGUGCGACCGAAGCGUUCCCGGGGUACCUUCGUUCAAUGAGUGGCAUUUCGUUUCACUAUAUACCGCCAAUAUUCAAGUAUUCUUGCACCGAGGAGGUCCCUUCUCCUUACUGGUUAGGAGUGGCUCCCGUCGUGAGGAACUUCAUUGAUUACACAAACGACCUGCUUUCUUACCCGAAGGAGGUCCUCGAGGGUGAGACGCGGAAUUACCUUCUGCUAGCUACAAGAGCUAGGAGAGUAGCCGGCAGAUCGUCCAGGUUUGGCUCGAAAUUAUGGACUUUCCGAGACACCUUCUGCGAAACACUCGAAAAUGUGCAAAAUAUUGUUUUCGCUUUGGAUAGGGCUUUCACAAGUUACAUGCCUGCCGAUAACAAUGCACCGGAGGAUAAUAACAAGACUCAGGAUGAUCCCAAUGCGCAGCUGGCUGCAAAGUGCUGGUUCUCUUUCCGACAGAACUUCUUCUCCUUUCAUCUGGAGUCCAAGAGAUACGGAUUAGAUCGUCUUGCUUUCGAGAGGAAUAACUACACUGUUGAAGAGCUGUGUGAACCAACGCACAUGCCCAUGAAUGCUGCUUGUGUAGGUGCGGCGACUGCUGGCUUAUUUCUAAUUUCUGCGUUGGGCUAUCGUUAUUUCUGCAAGUAG